AAUAGUUUGGAUGAGAUUCAGAAACAACAACAAAUUAUUAAUUGAUCUUUUUGGCUUCACUCCUCCCAUCACCAUCACCUUCACCUUCACCUUCAUCAUCAUCACAAUCAACAAAACCUGUGGCUCCAUUGGUCUUCGCACAACCGCAUCGAUCUGAUUAACCGCUAGGGUUUGAAUUGAUGGAGGAUUGCUGUGAUUUUAUACAAUGGCUUGGAGUUGAUAUGUCUAUGCAGAUACUCAUGUGUUUGGACAAUCCGACCGAUCUUGUUCGCGUUAGUGCGGUUUCAACCGCUUGGCGUCACUUUGUCAUCAUGAAUGGGCUUUCUAAGCAGCUUUGCAUAAGAAUGUUUCCUGAGGUAUCAAGUAUCGCUCAUGUUGUAGAACUGCACGACAGGAUAGAGCCGCUGCAGAUUAGGUAUGAAACGCCUAUGGACUGGCCAUGUUUGGAACGAGAAAACAGAGUGUAUGCGUUAUUAGCAAGGGGUUUUACGUCUUUUGUGAGAAAAGAUUGCUUAUUAGAAGCGAUUGUUGCGUCUAGCACGGAUAACUACCCUCAAGAAAGCAUCCAUAACACGUUAGAACCAGGUGACAGGGUUGACCAAAGGGCUUCUUACUGGUCAAGUGAAGGUGCGGUUGAUCCUUCGGUUCCGGAAACAUUAGUUUAUAAGCUGACUGCGAAUCUGUGCGUGAUUACUGAGAUCCACAUACAUCCGUUUCAAGCGUAUUUUCAAUUUGGUUUUCCGAUUUACUCUGCUAAAGCUGUGCGCUUUCGGUUGGGUCAUCUGAAGCCUGCUUAUGAAUUUGGAAACGAUACUAAAAACAAGCCUUCACCUGCUCUGAGGUUUAUCAAUGAGAAUGUUGUCUGGACUUAUACAUCUCCAUCAUUUCCAAUGGCACAUGAAAGCUGUCUGCAAACGUUUAAACUACCGGAACCUGCUUUAUGUAUCGGAGGGUACAUGCAGAUAGAGUUGCUGGGUAGGGUUCAGAAACAAGAAAUGGAUGAAAAAUACUACAUAUGCGUGUGUCAUGUGCAAGUCGUAGGACGGCCUCUUUCACCUGCAUUUGAUGUGGAUAUUAUAGAUCCGAGAGGAAAGUGUACCCUAAAAUACUACCCGGAUGCAGAUUAUUGUUGUUCCCCCGUAAAAUCUGAAGGUGAAGCAAGUAGCAGUCCAUCACGUUUUCGUUCAUUCACCGCAAGUAUAAGAGGUUGGGAACAGAUGAUUCUCAACACGUUACUUGGCGGCGGAGUGGUGGUUGGGAACGAUGAUGAUUCAGAUGAUGAUGACGCCGUUGGUAUAGUUUAAACUUUUUUUUUUAUAAACGAAGUAGCAAAAUAACAAAAUUCCCUUUUUUAUAUAAGAUCAUGCUGUGUUAGUUGUUAACAGUAUGUGGAUUUACAAAUAAUCGAGAUCGUUUUUUUCGGGUCAUGUAUGCAAGGAAACUCAAACUCAUAGAUUGCAUUUGCAUUCAGCCAUUCACCAUGAAAACACAAGCCCACAUAACCACCAACUCCAUCCAUAGCUCAACAGUUAAAAACGAAAAAAAAACUAUACAACCAAACAUUCUCAAAACCAAGUUCCCAUGUUCAUCGUUCACGGGUCGGGUCGGGUCAUGCUUUCCACCCAUACCCCAAACCGUCUUCAGUUUCAUUGUUAAAAAACUCACUGGCUAUAUCCUGGAAAAUGUCUGAUACAUGAGGCAGAUCAGCUGAUUUGUCACCACCACCUGCCGCACAAGAGUCGCUAUGUGAACCUGAUCCGGCUUUAAAACUGUUGCUUCUGGUUGGACCACCACCACCACCACUCUGUCCUGAGAUAGACGGUUUCGGUUUCGCCCCUCCAUCGGUCAUACCCUUGAGCACUUGCUGAAUCAUGUGAUGUUGUGCCACCUGACCACCACCUUGAGAAGACGAUUGCUGGUUGUUCUGCUGGGCUUGGAAUACGCCACUCGAAAACCGCUGAUACCCAACUGGAAUACUGCUGCUGUUAAUCUGCAACGGCUGACCUUGAAUCGGAGAUCUGUUCUGAAUGGAGUUAUUAAAAGAGGAGUUUGAAUUCAUCGAGUUUUGUCUCAACAGGGUAUUCUGGUAAUUUGAAUGUGCAAGCGCUCCUCGGCUACCCAGUUGAAAAUUAUUGUUCAUUGCGCUGAUAACCCCCGGCUGUAAUCCAACAAGACCACCGAGGGCAUUUCUGUCAUUUGGGAUGAUGACGCCACGACUAUCCGACAUCUGCAAUUUAGUUACACUUGUCUGUCUAGGGAACCUUCUCAGGGCCUCUGUAACAUAGAAUAAUAUAGUUGGUUUUCAAUUUUUCGUAUUUGUUAAUGAUAUUUCAAUACAAAAUAUGAUGUCGAUGAACAAGUUAAUUGAA